UCCAGUUUACAAGGAAACGUCCAGUUAAGAUGUCAUUGAGUGAGACUGAACUCCAAACCGUGAACUUGCAAAGCGAACUGCGAAAGUAAAACUGAAACACGAGCAAGGGAUAUAACUCCCAUAGAAACCCCUACUUAAUUUGACUCUUCUCCAAUUCACUGCGAUCCUGUACUUCCUGUCUCCAUCUUUAUCGCUCCCUUCAAAUAUAACAUUAUUUGUUUCCUACAAACUCGUUCUUCCACCUUUUUUAUAUUCAACGUUCUCAAGAAUGCCUGAUGACAUUGGAGUUAAGGAAUAUACGUCAUCAAUAUAUAUAUCGUCCUUUGAAGAUUACAGGAAGAUGUUAUAAACUUGCUUAUAUGAAUUAAAGGUAGAAUUAUUCUGAAAUGUUUUCUCUGACUGAGAUUCUUAGCAACAUUUCUCUACUUCACUAUCUGGGAUGUGUAAAUAAUGAUUUUUGUGCUCCAAUUAACUUUGGAAUACAAAAGAAUUAGCAGCAUCUCAGAUGAAGAAAAUCACAGUUGAUGGCUGAAUAAAAUUUGUGAGGAAUAAAGUAUAAAGACAAAAUCAACAUUUGUGUAUAAGGAAAAUAUGGAAAAUGAAUUGUGUGACAAGAAAGUUAAGUGUAAAUCACAGCCUAAAGGGAUUAAUUUUAUUGACAAGAGAUCAAAAGAUGCAGAAAAACCAUCACACCACUGUGAUAUCUGUAAAAAGUCAUUCUCUCGAAAAGGUAACCUUACAGUACACAUACGUAUGCACACAGGAGAGAAGCCAUUUUGCUGUGACAUCUGUGGGCGAUCCUUUUCUGGAAGCAGUGACUUAACUAAACACAAACGCAGUCAUACAGGAGAGAAGCCAUAUCACUGUGAUAUCUGUGGAAAAUUAUUUGCUCACAGAAGUAGUUUAACUGUACACAAAUACGUUCAUACAGGAGAGAAGCCAUUUCACUGUGAUAUCUGUGGCAGCUCCUUCUCUCAAAGUAAUUACUUAACUAAACACAAGCGAAUACAUACAGGAGAGAAGCCAUAUCAGUGUGAUGUCUGUGAUAAAACAUUCUCUCUGAAAUGUAACUUAACUACUCAUAAAUUCAUUCAUUCAGGUGAGAAGCUUUAUCAUUGUGAUAUUUGUAAUAAAUCAUUCACUCUAAAUGCUACCUUAACAACUCACAAAUACAUUCAUACAGGUGAGAAACCAUAUCACUGUGAUAUCUGUGGUAAAUCAUUCUCUGUAAGUGGCAACGUAACUAUACAUAAACGUAUUCAUACAGGAGAGAAACCAUAUCAGUGUGAUAUCUGUGGGAAAUCAUUCACUGAAAGUAAUAAAUUAACUAAACACAAGCGUAUUCAUACAGAAGAGAAACCAUAUCAUUGUGAUAUCUGUGGUAGGUCAUUCUCUCAGAAUAAUCACUUAACUAGACACAAAUACACUCACACGGGGGAGAAGCCAUAUCAGUGUGGUACUUGUGGGAAAUCAUUCACUGUGAAAGCUGGCCUAACUAAGCACGAACUUAUUCAUACAGGCAGAAUACCAUAUCACUGUGAUAUCUGUGGUAAAUCAUUCUUUCACAAUUGUGACUUAGUUAUACACAAACGCAUUCAUACAGGGGAGAAGCCAUAUCACUGUGAUAUCUGUGGAAAAUCAUUUUCUUUAAGUGGUCACUUAACUAGACACAAAAAUAUUCAUACAGGAGAGAAAACAUUUCGCUGUGAUAUCUGUGGUAAAUCCUUCUCCGAGAAAGGUUACAUAAUUAAACACAAACGUGUUCAUACAGGAGAGAAACCAUAUCACUGUGAUAUCUGUGGUCGAUCAUUUUCUGAAGGGAGCAGCUUAACUAAACACAAACGCAUUCAUACAGGAGAGAAACCAUAUCACUGUGACAUCUGCGGGAAAUCAUUUGCUCAGAGAGCACGCUUAACUACCCACAAACGCACUCAUACCGGAGAGAAACCACAUAACUGUGAUACCUGUGGGAAAUCAUUCUCUCGAACUGAUCUUUUGUCUUCACAUAAACGUAUUCAUACAGGAGAGAAACUAUAUUACUGUGAUAUCUGUGGUAAAUCAUUCUGUUUAAAUCAACACUUAACCCUACACAAACGCAUUCAUACAGGAGAGAAACCAUUUCACUGUGAUAUCUGUGGUAAAUCUUUCCUUCAAAGUAAUCACUUAACUAAACACAAACGGAUUCAUACAGGAGAGAAGCCAUAUCACUGUGAUGUUUGUGGUAAGUCAUUCUCUCAAAAUGAUUCCUUAACUGCGCACAAACGCAUUCAUACAGGAGAAAAACCAUAUCCUUGUGAUAUUUGUGGUAAAUCUUUCUCUCAGAGAGCACACUUAGCUAGACAUAUCUCCAAUCAUAUACAAAAGUAAAUGUAACAAUGUGAAAUUCAUUUGAUGAAAGAAAUAUCUUGCAUAACAAUACCUGUACUUACACAAGAAAGACAUUAUAUAACACCUUCAAACUUUAAAUAUAUAUACAUUGUUAUACAUGGCAUAACCUCCCAUUUUGAUAGUUUUGAUAAAAAAAUCAUUCUCUUAGAAUACUCUUAGGUAUCUCAUACAACAUAUUUUGUGGAAUAAGAAGAUACUUUUGAUUUAUUCAACUUUGUGGGUAAAUAAUUAAGAAAUGUGUCAUAAUAUGUCAGCAAUAACAUCAGUGAUGAAAGAACUUUACCAAAAAUCUAUAAUUGUAAUAACAAAGCUGAAGUGAAAACCAGAUAUAUACGACCAUCCCCACGUAUAACAAUGUGUGUGCUGGUGUCACAUAAAGGGACUCAGCACACUCUGUAAAGUGCUUGGCAUUAGGAAGGGCAUCCAGCUGUAGAAACCAAGCUAAACCAGAGUGGAACCUAGUGCAGCUGUCUGUUUUCCCAGGAUGGAAACAGACAUGAAAUGAUGAUAUAUAGUGUGUGUGCUGCUUACCAACCACAUGGUUCCGGGUUCAGUUCCACUGUGUGGCACCUUGGGCAAGUGUCUUCUAGCAUAGCCUCAGGUCAACCAAAGCCUUGUGAGUGGAUUUGGUUGACGGAAACUGAA